AUGAACAACUUGGACACUGUCAACAUGGCGUCGGUCGAAGGAGCUUUGAUGUUUGUACAGGCGGAAGGGAUUAACGUGAACGAACAGUCGGUCAAGUGUGAACGUAAGAACAAGAUGCAGUAUGUGGUCUUUUACGAGGUGAUGAUCGCUCAACCAGCGUACGGCAUCAAAUAUUACGAGAACCACACGCCCCCUGAGUAUGGCAAGUUUGUGGCUAUGGACAGUGCCAAAUGUACAGACGAGAACAGCGAUUUGCCGGUGGAUUGUAAGGUCUACUACGGACUGGACGGCGAGCCUGACAUUGGUCCAAUGGUGGGCAGCAACCUACAGACAUCGGACCUUCGUGCACCGUACCCUAAUAACCAAUGGUUCUCGUACCCAAGCUCGUGCGCACAGAAGCUGCGUGAGGAGAAGACGAACAAGUGUCGUGCUGAGUAUCCUGGUGGACUGUGUCCUAUGGGCGUCAAGCCUGAUGGUGACAAGUGCACGUUCAGCUACAAGAUCCUGGGUUAUCUGAACAUUGACGAUCUGGUUGGGAUCACUGAGAUGGGCUACAGUAGUUACAAGGAGUUUUGUGAGGACGGAGGGGUGGAGUUCAAGGCCACGAACACCGGUAGCGGCUUCAAAGUGGAGGAGUCGAUCGACUUUUGGAAGAAGCCGGGGGAUGAAGACGCCAACUCGAAACGUGCGUCCAAGAUGGUGGAACUGUACAAUAAGCUGGUGAGCAAAGACACAAGCUCUAAUAUGGAAGCACUUCCGACGAUUAAGAAGCUGACAGCGGUGAACCCCAAGUGUUACGAGAACAGCAAAGCGUGCGCGACCUCCCAGUACGGCUGCAGCCGUACAUUGUAUUUGCAGAUCUGCUCGGUGUGUAAAUCGGCAGGCGAUGGCUGUGAGGUUGCUCCCUCUUCAUUCUCGUUCCCAGAGCUGAAGCUGCCAACCCACUCGUUGUCUUCCUCGUCGACUAGGGGUGCCGAUACCUUGAGCAGCAGUGACACUGCGAUUUCCAAAGACGGUGGUAAAACUCUGUCGGACAGCAGCAGUAAGAACAAGAACCAGAGCAGCAGUGCUGUGACGGGGACAAUAGUGCCAAGUAUUGUGGCACUCGUGGCUCUAGUCACUAUCUACUUGGUCUAA